CCAAUGAGAAGCGUCGCUGGGUCCAUGUGUGUAUUGUUUAAACUGCUCAAAAUCUGACCGAGUUUCAAGCCCGAUUAAACCUCCACCAAACUCCGGCUAUGGCGGCUGCCGUGUCUCUCAGCACCACCUCAGACACGGAUGAAGGCGCAGACAGCGGGGCCACAUUUGUCUCUCGACCAUUUAGCGCAAAUCACGACCUCGCUACGGAUAAAGAAAACUUUAUGGCCGGUGACCGUCAACGUUACCCCGAAUUAGCUUCGGUGGAAGAAGACGCCACAUCGGGCCCAGAAUGUCAACGAAGGGUCGAUGAGGAUUUGAUACCACUGAGCCCUGAAGAUAUUGAGAGCCGCUUGGAGAGAACACGUCGGGAGUUUUACAACCGUAGGAAAAUAAUAAUAAAAAAUUUACCACCGGAUGUUACUAAUCAGGAGGUCCAUGAUCUGUUGGGAAACUAUGAUCUGAAGUACUGCUUUGUUGACAAAUACAAGGGCACAGCAUUUGUGACUCUCCUCAACGGUGAACAGGCCCAGUGCGCCAUCAAGGAGUUCCACCAGAUAAUACUGCGGGAAAGGGAGAUCUCCGUGCAGCUGCAGCCGACCGACGCCCUGCUGUGCAUCGCCAACCUGCCCCGGGCCUUCACCCAGCAGCAGUUCGAGGAGCUGGUGCGACCUUUCGGCAACCUGGAGCGCUGCUUCCUGGUGUACAGCGCCUCUACUGGUCACUCCAAAGGCUACGGCUUCGUGGAGUACAUGAAGAAGGACUCGGCGGCCAGAGCGAAGUCGGAGCUGCUCGGGAAGCAGCUGGGCUCCCGCAUGCUCUACGUCCACUGGACCGAAGUGGGCUCGCUCACAUACCCGCAGCUGCACUCAAAGUGUCUGUGUGUGGACCGGCUGCCCCCGAGCCUCCUGACCGCCCAGGACCUCCGAAACGCUUUGGCCGACACCCAUUCUCCGGUUUUCUGCCAGUUGGCUCAGGGGCAAGAUGGGAGUUUCCGGCGUUUCGCCGUGCUGGAGUUCGCCACUGCGGAGAUGGCUGAGGUGGCGCAGCGAUUUGGAGACGGCCGGCUGCUGGGCGGGACGCACAUCAGGGUGUCCUUCUGUGCCCCCGGCCCUCCUGGAAGAAGCAUGCUGGCUGCACUGAUCGCUGCCCAGACAACGGCUGUGAACAGGGGUAAAGGUCUCCUCCCUGACCCCACAACCAUGCAGAUCCUCACCAGCCUUAAUAACCCUGCUGCUCUCAAGAUGCUGCUCAAUGUUUUGUCACAGGGACACAAACAGGGUCUCCUCGGAGCGGCCCCUGCCAUCCCACUGCUGCCCAACCCCGCCCUGUCGGCGGCCCUGCUGCAGCUGCUCCUCCAGAACCAAGCUAAAGCCCAGCAGCAAGCCUUUCUGGGAAAUCAUCUUCUCUGGGCUCAGGCAGGACUCAUCGGGGACAAUCCUCUGGCUGCUCUGCCCGUCCAGCAGGGAGUCCAUCUGCUUGGAGAGCUCCCUCAAGGCGGUGUGGUCCCAGGUCUGGCUCUGCAGACGGAGGCUGUGCCCUCUCUGAAGCCAGGGUCUCUUGGCAGAGGCCUAAUGAGGGAGCAGGAUUCCCCCACAUCAGUGUGCGGCUUCCCUCAGACUCCCUCUCCCUCCCUGCCAGGCAUUUCCUUACCCCUGAUGGGUGGCAUGAUGGGGGCAGAUGGCCGCACAGCACAAGGAGUAUCGAUGCUAGGGGAUCUUCCUAAAGAGAUGAACUUUCCUCAGAGCGCCUUUCUCAAUGCCAGUGUUUAUCCUUCAGCAGCGAGCAGCAGGCCUCACCCCUACAGGAAGCGGCCAACACUAAGCAACGUGUCUAACCAGCACACGCAUCACAACAUGCAGCCCAACUACAACCUGCGUUACCAGGACUCCUACAGCCCCGAGUAUCCUCCUCCUCUACAGCAGGAUGCUCUGGCCUACUCGUACGAACAGCAGGAGAACCUCUGCGUUGGAGCCUUGGCAGGAUUUGGUCAGCAGGUAGUGUGUUUUUCCCGUCAACCUGACUACAGUGAGCGGUUUCCCCACUACGCUGAUCCAAGCAGCCCACCCCUCUCCUCGUACUUCAGCUCAGGACCAGAAGCCAGCAGCCCGCCUGCCACCCACCUCAACAAGGCUGUGGGAAUGCCUCCAGGAACCCACAGCGCCCCCUACCCUCCAGACGUAGGGAACGUUAUGAAGACCCCGAUGAAUAGCCAGAAGCGCGUUUUUUCCCGGCUCAUCCCGUCUCCGGAGCCGAGCCCAGAGGGAGGCUACGUGGGCCAGCAUUCCCAAGGCCUCGGCGGCCAUUACGCAGACUCCUACCUGAAGCGAAAGCGUAUAUUCUGAGUAUUGUACGUUGAGCCAUUUAUGCGUUUGGAACAAAGCGGCAUCUCCUUGUAAAGGACGCAAACUCCCUCACCCCGGGUCGUCCUCGGCUCUGUUUGCUCCUCAGUGACCCCCGGAGGGCGCUGGCGAGCACAGCUUGUUGUCUGGACAGUGGGAACUCUAUAUGGUGUGUGGGUUUUUUUUCUGUUCUUCUCUGCUCCAUGUAAGUGUGUUUUUAUUUACCGUUUUGUAAAUUAACUUUUA